UCGAUUUGUUGCAAAGUUGGCGCGCGAAGCCAUCAAAAAAGCAUAAACCGGUCGCUGUUUGGUUUUAAUUCUGUGAUUAUCUCGUGAAAUUAUUAUCUAAAAUGGCUCUUUGGGUUGACCGUUACCGCCCGCGGGAGCUGUCCAAAUUAGACUACCAUAAAACGCAAGCUGCGCACCUUACAAAUCUGUGUGCUCAGGGUGACUUCCCACAUCUGAUGUUCUACGGCCCGUCGGGGGCUGGAAAGAAGACUCGUAUCAUGUGCCUCCUUCGAGAGCUGUACGGUUCUGGAGUAGAACGCCUUCGGAACGAGGUAAUGAAUUUCACCACGCCUUCGAAUCGCAAGGUGGAAAUUAUGACCGUCAGCAGCAACUACCAUAUUGAAGUCAACCCGUCGGAUGCCGGUAUCUAUGAUAGGGUCGUCAUUACGGACAUGAUUAAGCAGAUCGCUCAAACGCAACAAAUCGAUCCCAGCGGUCAGCGGGAAUUCAAGACAAUUGUACUCUCUGAAGUGGACGAACUUACCAAAGAUGCACAACACGCCCUGAGAAGAACCAUGGAAAAAUAUGUGGCUACCUGUCGGUUGGUACUUUGCGUCAACUCCACUUCACGAGUCAUUCCCGCUGUUAAGAGUCGAUGUUUGGGUAUCAGAGUUUCGGCCCCAACCAACGAUGAGAUCAUCAGUAUUCUAAAUAACAUCUGCAAAAAGGAAGGACUGCACAUCCCAUCGGAACUGGCGAACCGCAUCAGCCAGAAAUCGGAACGCAAUCUCCGCCGGGCGAUUCUCAUGCUCGAAGCUUGCAAAGUUCAACAGUAUCCGUUCACAGUCAACCAAGAAGUGCCGGAAAUUGACUGGCAGGUGUUUCUUCGGGAAACCGCUAAUCAGAUCGUCCAGGAGCAGUCCCCGCAAAAAUUGGAAGCCAUUCGGGAGCGUUUGUAUGAGCUUUUGUCGCAAGGCGUUCCCUCCGAUACCAUUUUCCGUGGCUUGGUGGAGAAUUUGGUCAAAAAUUGCGACAUGAGCCUGAAGACUCAAACGCUCAACUUUGCCGGAACUUACGAACAUCGGAUGCAGCAGGGAAGCAAGCACAUUUUUCAUCUGGAGGCAUUCGUGGCACAGUUCAUGGCUCUGUACAAAAAGUUUUUGAACCAAGCCACCACGAUGGAUUUGGAUGAUUUCUAGAUUUAUGGACAUUUCUUUUUUAAAUAAAAAUAUUUUCGUUUGCUUAUCGAAA